AUGGAUAACCACUCACAAACCACUCAUCUGCAGGUGCCGUUUGGAGCCGGCAGGCCAGAGAAAGACAGCGGGGCUUAUUCCUCCUUGAGGGGAAAUAAGGAGCCUGGGAACAAACAACUGUCUCUCUGGAGAGAAGCCUUUCCUCUUCAGAGACAAGUGAACGAAGGCAUCUUUCCACAGACGGAGAUGUGGGCCUCAUCUGUGAAGAAAGAGCCUACAUUCCCUGAGGCGGAAGGAGCUUCCUUGGAGCAAGGGCAGAAGGCGCAGGCCAUGGAGCGUGCCCAAGAUGCCCUCUCCUGUGGAACAGGCAGUGGAGAGAUGCUGUUGAGGUGUCGUCUUUUCAGAGGUGUGGAAACGGCUGCUGCGCCUUCAGGCCAGGGCCCCUUUUCCUUUGAGGAGGUGUCCGUCUCUCUCUCUGAGGCUGAGUGGGCCCUGCUGGAUCCAGGACAAAGAGUUCUCUACUGGGAAGUCAUGCUGGAGAACUACGGGAAUGUGGCCUCUCUGGGUAAGGAUCUUUCUUCGGUGCCAGAGGUGUGA